GGAGAAGCUGGUACUGAAUUAACAAACUAUUAGUAGAGCAGAAGAAUAUGGAGAGAUGUCUGACACUCAUUUUACUGUCCUCAGUUGUAUAUCUCAUCAGAGCUGAGAGUGUAAAUGUGAGACUGGUUAAUGGUAACAGUCCUUGUGCUGGUAGAGUGGAGGUUCUUCAUAGAGGUCAGUGGGGAACAGUGUGUGAUGAAUUUUGGGAUAUGGCUGAUGCUGCAGUGGUGUGUAGAGAACUGGACUGUGGAAAACCUGUUGAUGCUCUGCGUGAUGCUCAAUUUGGACCAGGAUCAGGACCAAUCUGGAAGAGUCGAGUCAUGUGUACUGGAUCAGAGUCGACACUAAAGAACUGUGGAUCAAGAGGAUGGGGUAUACACAAUUGUGAUCAUAGUAGAGAUGCUGGAAUAAUCUGCUCAGGAGUCCGACUUGUUGGAGAUUCUCGCUGCUCUGGUAAAUUAGAGAUUCUUCAUGAGAAAACAUGGGUUUCAGUGUGUGAUGCUGCCUUUGACCAGCAGGAUGCAGAGGUUGUGUGUAGAGAGCUGGACUGUGGGGCUCCUGUACAGGUGCUGGGAGCAGCUGCUUUUGGCAAAGGAGAGGGUCAGAUGUGGACAGAAGAGAUUCAGUGUAGAGGAAAUGAAUCUCAGAUUCAACUCUGUCCAACAUCAUCAUCAAUCCAAAGCAACUGUUCUCAUGACAACAUCAUUGGAUUGCUGUGUUCUGACAUAAUAAAUGUGAGGUUGGUUGGUGGUAACAGUCCCUGUGCUGGUAGAGUGGAGGUUCUUCAUAGAGGUCAGUGGGGAACAGUGUGUGAUCAAGGUUGGGAUAUGGCUGAUGCUGCAGUGGUGUGUAGAGAACUGGACUGUGGAGAACCUGUUGAUGCUCUUCGUGAUGCUCAUUUUGGGCCAGGAUCAGGACCAAUCUGGAUGAAUAAUUCAAUGUGUACUGGAUCAGAGUCCACACUGAAAAACUGUAGAUUAGUAGAUUGGCCUUAUGACUGUGAUCACAGUAAAGAUGCUGGAGUCUUUUGCGCAGGCAUCAGGCUGGUCGGAGGUUCUCAUUGCUCUGGGAGAUUAGAGAUACUUCAUCAGAAGACGUGGGUUUCAGUGUGUGAUGCUGCCUUUGACCAGCAGGAUGCAGAGGUUGUGUGUAGAGAGCUGGACUGUGGGGCUCCUGUACAGGUGCUGGGAGCAGCUGCUUUUGGCAAAGGAGAGGGUCAGAUGUGGACAGAUGAGAUUCAGUGUAGAGGAAAUGAAUCUCAGAUUCAUCUCUGUCCAAGAUCAACAUCAAAUGAAAACAACUGUUCACAUGAAAACAACGUUGGACUGGUGUGUGCAGACAGUGUGAAUGUGAGACUGGUGAAUGGCAACAGUCCAUGUGCUGGUAGAGUGGAGGUUCUUCAUAGAGGUCAGUGGGGAACAGUGUGUGGUGUUUACUGGGAUAUGGUUGAUGCUGCAGUGGUGUGUAGAGAACUGGACUGUGGAGAACCUGUAGAUGCUCUGAGUGAUGCUGAUUUUGGACCAGGAUCAGGACCAAUCUGGAUGAAUCGAACAUUAUGUACUGGAUCAGAGUCCACACUAAAGAACUGUGGAUCAGUAGAUUGGGGUGCUUUUGACUGUGAUCAUAAUAAAGAUGCUGGUGUCAUCUGCUCAGGCAUCAGGCUUAUUGGAAAUUCUCGUUGCUCUGGACAAGUAGAGAUUCUUCAUGAGAAGACGUGGGUUUCAGUGUGUGAUGCUGCCUUUGACCAGCAGGAUGCAGAGGUUGUGUGUAGAGAGCUGGACUGUGGGGCUCCUGUACAGGUGCUGGGAGCAGCUGCUUUUGGCAAAGGAGAGGGUCAGAUGUGGACAGAAGAGAUUCAGUGUAGAGGCAACGAAUCUCAGAUUCACCUCUGUCCAAGAUCACCAUCAAUCAUAAACAACUGCUCCCAUGAAAAUGAUGAGGGGCUUCUGUGUGCUGACCCCAAAAAUGUGAGACUGGUUAAUGGAAACAGUCCCUGUGCCGGUAGAGUGGAGAUUCUUCAUAGAGGACAGUGGGGAACAGUGUGUGGUGUUUACUGGGAUAUGGUUGAUGCUGCAGUGGUGUGUAGAGAACUGGACUGUGGAGAACCUGUAGAUGCUCUGAGUGAUGCUCAUUUUGGACCAGGAUCAGGACCAAUCUGGAUGAAUCUUAUAUUUUGUAAUGGAUCAGAGUCGACACUAAAGAACUGUGGAUCAUCUGGAUGGAAUUUACCUAUCUGUUCUCACAACUUUGAUGCUGGGGUCAUCUGUUCAGGUCACAAACGUUCCAGACUGGCUGAUGGACCUCAUCUGUGUUCUGGGAGAUUAGAGAUACUUCAUGAGAACAUGUGGGUUUCAGUGUGUGAUGCUGCCUUUGACCAGCAGGAUGCAGAGGUUGUGUGUAGAGAGCUGGACUGUGGGGCUCCUGUACAGGUGCUGGGAGCAGCUGCUUUUGGCAAAGGAGAGGGUCAGAUGUGGACAAAAGAGAUUCAGUGUAGAGGAAAUGAAUCUCAGAUUUCAUUCUGUUCAAUGUCUUCACACAAAUAUAAUUGCACCAGUGUUAGCAACGUGGGACUAAUGUGUUCUGGUUACACAGCGCUCAGACUGGUAAAUGGCCCUGACGUCUGUUCUGGUCAAGUGGAGCGUCAAUAUUUCAAUAAGUGGGGCACCGUAUGUGAUGGAUGUAUGGAUAUGAGAGCUGCCAGUGUCCUCUGUAGACAGCUGAAUUGUGGGAUUGCUGUGUCUGUUGUGGAAGCGGACUGGUUUGGAGAGGGAAGUGGUGAAAUCAGGGCAGAUGUGUUUGAUUGUCAGGGGAAUGAAACACAACUCUCACAAUGUCCCAUCUCUUCAUGGAGUCGAGCUGAACGUUCUCAUAGACAAGAUGUUGGAGUCAUCUGCUCUAAUUCAUCUCUGGCUCUUCAUGAUGGGCGAGUGCGGUUGUCUGGAGAGAGAGAGUGUGAGGGGGAGGUGGAAGUUUACAUCCAUCAGGUCUGGAAGAGAGUUCUGCUGGACUCCUGGAGUCUCACUGAAUCCUCUGUGGUCUGCAGACAGCUGGGCUGUGACUCUGUGCUGAACUUCUACAGCUCCUCUUCAUCCAGUCCUGAACACAGUCAUGAGUGUGUGAUGGGCUUCCAGUGCUCUGGGAGUGAAGCUCAUCUGGGGAACUGCAGCUCUCCACAAACUCUCAACUGCAGCUCCACACAACAGCUGUCAAUCACCUGCCUUAGUCGUGGGUCCAUCAGGCUGGUGGGUUCUGGAGGAGACUGUGCAGGGAGGCUGGAAGUUUUUCACAACGGCUCAUGGGGGACAGUGUGUGAUGACUCCUGGGAUAUUAAAGAUGCCCAUGUGGUGUGUAGACAGCUGCAGUGUGGAGUGGCCCUCAGUAACCAGCAGGUACCAGCCUGGUUUGGUCCUGGUUCUGGACCCAUAUGGCUGGAUGAGGUGAACUGUGAGGGGAAUGAGACGUCCCUGUUGAACUGCUCUUCUCAGGUUUGGGGAAAACAUGACUGUCAACACAAGGAGGAUGUAGGAGUUGUGUGCUCAGACUUCAAAGAGAUCAGACUAACUGAUGGUUGUGAAGGGAAUGUGGAGGUUUUCUACAAUGGAUCGUGGGGUAAUGUAUGCUGGAACCAGAUGGACAGAGACACAACGAGUCUGAUCUGUCAAGAGCUGAACUGUGGAAGAUCUGCCAGUGACCCCAGUAACUCACAAGGACUAAAAUCAAAUUGGCUGGAUCAAUUAAAAUGUCGUCCACAUGACUCAAAUCUGUGGCAGUGUCCAUCUUCAACCUGGGGACAGAAUAACUGUCAUCAUGAUGAGGUGGCUCAUAUAACCUGCUCAGAAAAUGAAAACGAUGAAUCGCCUCGAAGUCAUCUUUCAUGUUCUACAGCUCCAAACCAGAGACACUGUACAAAGUAUGUUCCUCUGAGACUGAGUGGAGGGAAGGGCCGGUGCUCGGGGAGACUGGAGGUGUAUCAUAACGCUGUGUGGGGUUCAGUCUGUGAUGAUCAGUGGGACAUCAGGGAUGCUCAGGUGGUCUGCAGGCAGCUGGGUUGUGGAGCAGCACUGAGUGCUGAUGGGAAUGCAGCCUUUGGUGCUGGUGAAGGUGUUGUGUGGCUGAACAGAGUCGAGUGCAGAGGGAAUGAGAUUCACCUGUGGGACUGUCCUCUCUCCCUGAAUAACCACACAGACUGCUCACACAAAGAGGAUGCUGGACUCACCUGUGCAGAUUUGUCUGUGUCCACGACUCCUGCCCCAACAACAUCAACUUUUCCUCCAGUUUCACAGACAGAUGUGACACAAUCUCUGUCCUCACUGAUCACUCGUCCACAAACUCCUCCAGCAUCUUCUCUCUCCAUCCCUCUUGUGGUUUUGAUUGUAUUGGGAGCUGUGCUCUUACUGCUCUUACUGCCACUCAUUAUACUGAUUCAGCAGAACAGAGUGAUGAGGAGAGUUCUUUCCAAGAGAAGACACAAGACUCAGACUGAAGCGGUUUAUGAGGAGAUUAAUCACGGACUCAUUACAAAUAAAGAUAAACGCAUCACUCAGAGAGGAAGAGUCCCUUCUGAAGAACUGCAUUCUGGGUAUGAUGAUGCUGAUGAGAUUCUUUCAGAUGACAUACCAGAAAACUAUGAUGAUGUUGUGAUCAUGCGACAGUUCUCCAAUAAUAAAAUAGAGGGAGUUCAGGAUGAGUACGAUGAUGUGAGGAAUGUCAGUGAAGAUGUGAGAAACCUGUUUGACUAUGAUGAUGUGGGGAAUUUGCCAGCCAAACAUGGAGGGACUGUAUAACUCAGGAAUCACACACAACCUCAAAUCUUUUUACAGCUUUUGGAAAUGGAAUGAGUUUAAGUGAUCUUAUAUACAAGUUUCAAUUGCAAUCCAGCAAUGUUUUAUAUUACAUUUAAUGUGUUCAAAAUUAUCAACUGUAUUUAGCUGAUUUUCUUUUGACAUCCAGAAAAAUGUCUUGCUUUCAUGGACUUUUGAAAAUGUUAAUUUCUCUUUCCUCUUCGCUUUAAA